AUGUCUUCUCAACCUAACCAGCAGUCUACCCCCGCCUAUCAGGGUGGCGCCACACUCACUCGGGUCUCUGCACGGAUGCCUCAGGGCCAGAACCAUCCCAGCAGCCCAAGUCGUCCUGCGUCCGCACGUUCGAAGACAACAAAUAGCCCACAAAAGUCGAAACACGAGAUACUUAUAUGUCAGGAGAUGUGGAUCGACGAAGCAUCAGUGCUAUAUCCUGGUGCAGACGAAGCUGAUGUUGUCCGGAGCCUCAAGGGCAAAAUACGGGUGCCCACUGAUGCCACCCCUUCGUUCCGCUGGCAAGGCUUCCGCGUCGAGGUACAUGCUUUGCGUGCGCAAGCAUCUACAGAUCUGAUCAACUCCUCACAGGACUUGGUUCGGGUGAUCAUACUGCAUAAUAACCUCAAGUCGGUUCAAGUCGAGCUGCCUGUGUGGAUUGUGACGGACACUUCGCCACGUAACGUUCUUCUCGAACCACCUAAUACCUCGCUCUCCGUUGUUGGCACACCACCGGCCCGACACAUAUGCCAAGCUCACGACACGAGGACCUCUUAUGGGCCCGUGGUGAUGUGGUAA